AAGGAUCUAAUUAUUUAAAAUUAAUGAGCUUUACUCUUAUAAAACUAAUUAAGGAGUGUAAAUAUGGGAGUGGGUGUUGACUGUUGAAUAAUAAAAUGUUGGGGAAUCAUCAGCGGUUGCAGCAAAUACGCCGCCGUGCCGCCACCAUGACCAUGGCUACUUCAACUCAAACGGAGGGGAAGAAGAAGUCAAGCUGGUGGAGCAAGAUAAAGAUUUUUUGGGUCCCUAGUUUUUUACUUUUCAAAGGCACCGAGCUACUCUUCAGCCUACCAGAAAAGCCGGAGUUGGUGGAGAGCAGACUAAAAAUGGAAGCGAUUGAGAUUAAUGAUGAGUGUUUGAGUUUGAAGAAGAAUUUGGAGUUUAGAAAAAUCAAGAUGAAAGGAUUUUUUGAUGAGAAGAAGUCGAUUUUAGUUGUGGAAGAGACAUAUACAGAUUCUGAUCCUUUUGCAUAUGAAUAUAGCCUCCUAACUCCCUUUCUUUUUCUCCCUCAAAACAGGUACAGUGCCAGUGUAAGUUCAGGUGUACUAGUGAACAGAGGGCGUGUCCCACGGGAAUGGGCAGAUUAUACCAAAAUUGAGAAGCUUCAAUCCCAUGAGAUUGUUAGAGACUUUCCCCAAAAGGGGAAGCUUUCAUCCAUUGGGGUUGUGAACAAUAAUACUAGGAAUAUAUUGAAGUGGCUAUUAUUCUCAGCCAUCUCGCGGCCUCAGCCUCAGCCUCAGCCUCAGCCUCAGCCUAUUGAAUUUGUUGGAGUUAUAAGGGGCAGAGAGCGGCUUGGCGUGCUUGCUGGUGCCAUGGGGCUUCAUCCAGAGGCAACCCUCUAUGUUGAACAAAUUCAAGAUAAAAGUGCUCAUUUAGCCAACACCACUCUUUACAAUGAUGCACAUAUGCUGGCCCAUUAUGCUAAUAUUAGGAAGGACCAUAUUCAUAUGAUCAUACUCUGGUACUGUAGCUCGGCUGGAAUGUUUCAACUUGGUAGAUGGCUAAUGAAAAAUCUCUGAUGCAGAGCCCUCUUUUCUUUUCUUUUCUUUUUUUUUCUGGGAGGGCUCUACUCUAUAUAGAGUGAAUCAUGUCUCUGCCGUAAAGAAAUCAAAGUGUGUUGCCAUUUCAUUAGGGAAUGCAAAUGUCACUUGAAUAAAUGUAGGAGGAGGAAAACCUAUAGUAAGUAUUUUGUAAUUGUAUCUUUUCUCUUAUUUAGGGAAAUUGAGAGGAUGAUAGAUGAAUUCCCCUCUAUUUUUUAAA